GUGGAAGAGUCAAAAUUGCCCAAAAAUCUCUCAUAAAUCCUACAUUUUCAUUUUAUGUUCUUUAGAGCAAAAACAAUGUUUCAGAGUCCUCUGACAACCAUGUCUGUAAAAUCUCUCUUCUUCCUCCUCCUCCUCCUCCUCCCUCUCUCCACCACCUCCUCCUCCUCCAUACAAGACCUUCUCCAAAGCCAAGGCCUACCAGGGGGUCUGUUCCCCAAAAAUGUGAAAUCCUACAACUUAGACCAAAAUGGGCGCCUGGAGGUGCAUCUGGGAGAGCCCUGCUUUGCCAAGUAUGACACGAGAGUUUACUUUGAGAGUGUUGUGAGAGCCAAUUUGAGCUAUGGUGGGUUGAUGGGUUUGGAGGGUUUGAGCCAGGAAGAGCUGUUUCUGUGGCUGCCAGUGAAGGGAAUUGUAGUGAGUGAUCCAUCUUCAGGUCUGAUUUUGUUUGAUAUUGGUGUUGCUCAUAAACAACUCUCUCUUUCUCUCUUUGAAGAUCCCCCUUCUUGCAAGCCUCAAGGAGUUCUGUUGGAGAAAGUUGCAGUGAAAGAGAUGGGAUUUCAAAUGAGAGAUGGAAUCUAAAUGCCAGCUCCCUCAAUUUUGGUUUUUUUUUUUUUUGUUUCUUUUCUUUUUUGUUAAAGUUUUUAUUAGAGUUUUGAAGAGGAAGUAUGUGGACAUUUUGGAGUAUUAAUGUUUAUACAUGCUGUUUUGGUGAUGUAAAAAUGGAGAUUUUGGGGAUUACAUUUCAUCAUAAAAUGCAGGGAAUUCUUGGUUUUGUGUUUUUCUUGCAACUGAUAUUAGUAUUUAAUGGAAAUAUCUUAAUUAAA